GUUGGACCGUCUAUAGUGGACUACAGACCAUAUUCCCUUGGCGAAUAUCUAUCUUUAUAGUAUAUUUUAGUGCAAUUGUAAUUCAAACGAAGCUUGUUUUGUAAUUGAAUCGGAUUAAUUUAUACUUGAUAUAAAUAUAAUUUCAAGGAACAUCUGUCAGGCAACUGGUAAAUAUGGCUCUGUCGCGGGUUUUGGUUAAAGAUGGCGGUUUUGGCACACAGAUGACCGUACAUGUUGGCAAUUCGGUGGACGGUGACCCAUUGUGGAGUGCUCGUUUCAAUUCCACUAAUAUGAGUGCUGUCAUUAAUACUCACCUGGACUUUUUGCAGAAUGGAGCUGAUAUCAUAUUGACAAACACUUAUCAGGCCAGUGUCGAAGGUUAUAUGGAGUAUUUGGAGCUGGAUGAGGAGCAAAGCAUUGAGCUGAUAAAGAAUACUGUGAGAUUGGCUCAUAUAGCCAAGGAGAAAUAUCUCACUGAAUGCUAUGAAGCGAAAUUGGCUGUGCCAGAAGGUUUUCCUCUGAUUAUUGCAUCAAUUGGACCAUUUGGUGCUCAUUUGCAUGAUGGCUCUGAAUAUACGGGUAGCUAUGCAGAUUUUGUUCCCGCCAAGACAAUCACUGAUUGGCAUCGUCAGAGAAUCGAAGCUUGCGUGGAGGCUGGUGUGGAUGCUCUGGCCAUUGAGACAAUUCCUUGUCAAAUGGAAGCCGAAGCUUUGGUCGAAAUGCUUUGCGAUGACUAUCCUGAUGUGAAAUUUUGGGUUGCCUUCCAGUGCAAGGAUGAAACCAGUUUGGCUCAUGGUGAAAGCUUUGCGGAUGCUGCCAAUUCUAUCUGGGAUAUCCUAAGUGAGAGAAACGCCCUGGACAAAUGUUUGGCAGUCGGUGUUAAUUGUGUUCAUCCGAAAUUUGUUACUGCGCUGUUCAAGAGCCUCAAUGGUGAAAGAAGUGUGGACGAACAAAUACCUCUUGUCGUGUAUCCCAAUAGUGGAGAAGUCUAUGAUGUUCUCAAUGGUUGGCAAGGACGUGAACACUGCGUGCCGUUGGCCAACUAUGUGCCUGAGUGGGCGCAAUUAGGUGCCAAAAUUAUUGGUGGCUGCUGUCGUACCUAUGCAAGAGAUAUUCGUCAUAUAGGAGAGGCCAUACGUAACUGGAAUAAAUUGAAGAAAAACGCUUAGAAUCCGUACAUGGAGAUCUCAGGUUUCAAACGAAGUGCAUUUGAUUUAGUUGUAAAUAUUUUAAACAGUAUAGGUUUUAUUUAGAAUUCUAAUAAAAAGACAAGACAAAAAACAAAA